UAUAUAUAUAAAUGUGUGUGUUUGUGUGUGUUCAUAUUUGCCGAGUAUGCUUGUUCUUGUACAUGCGUAUCUGUGUACGGUUCUCUCUGUCUUUCUACCUCUCUCUCUCUUUUUUAUUUGUUUAUUUUUCCUCUUUCACGUAUAAGGCGGCGGUGGCGAAGCGAUCGGGUUAGUAGUGUGUGUGUGGGGGGUUUGUUUCGUAUCUUGUUACUCUUAAUAAGUGACGUGGUUCCGGUUGUACGUUUUGCAUGGUUACAAAUUUCGACAGGCGACGCCGUUCCUGUUGUUUUUGUUUAUUCUCAGGCGUUCUGGUCGAGCCGCCUUUUUUUUCUCUCUCUUUUUCCUCUCCUGGAAUCCCCUCCCCCACCAUCGUAGACAUGGUGUUCUACGAGUUACCCCAGUACGUGUCCUCGUCGUCCGUCUAUAUUGCUCUCUACUUGAUAUUCCUGCAGCUUCUCCAACACCAAACGCGAAGUUCCUCACACUGGAGAUUGGAAUCUAAACUUGGGAAAGUGGUUCUCGUUGACAGCGAAGAAGAUGGUGGCGACAGCGAUUCCUCUUCCUCGUCUUCGGGAGAGAGCGAACACGAAGAAACGGAGGAGAUAGACCAGAUAAUGGAAAUACUUACUACCAAACUUAUUGACAACGAAGGAAGAUGGUCAGUGAAUUUACACACUCAGGAAAUAAGAGAUAAUAAUCGAAAGAAGAAGCAGUCUGCGUGGAAUGUUGUUGAGAUCCAGAGCGAAUUGCCUCAACUUGCUAACAGAAGACAACUUCCAGGCUGGAUUCCAAAAAUGGUAGGAACCCUUGCUGCACAAGGUGACUGUUUCGAAGGAGAUGAUGUUAAAACUUAGGUAAAUAAGCUUUUU